AGACUAACGGAGAUGUGUUCGAGAGAGAGAGAGAGAGAGAGAGAAGACGAAGAAGAGAUGGAGGGAAAAGAGACCAUGAAGAGAGGCAGAGGGAAGAGCAGUCCUUCGGAGUAACAGCCAUUGCUUCACUGCGUGAUGGCCAUUGCGUUGCUCAAGCAAUCCUUCGGAGCUACCUCCUUCGCAGCCUGGUUCGUCUUUGCUUCUCUCUCUGGUCGACGAAGACCCGCGAACGAAGCAAACGGAGCCGUCUCACCUCUUCCUCCGACCGGAGCUCUCGCACCUCUCCCUCCCACCGUCCAAUUUCAGCUGUAGCACUAUUGGGAGUGACAGGUGUUGGGAGAUGCUGCAAGAGACUUGUAGGAGUGGGAGGAUCAGCGCCGGCUUUCGUUUUCUUCAAUAUUAUAUUCAGUUGGGGCGUUUAUAUUGGAUUGGUUCGACAAGGUCCCUCUUUUUUCUCAUCAUUUCACCUUUGCUAGAUGUUAUACUCAAUGCAGAGUUCUUUAUGCUCGUGAUUGGUCUAUGCAGUAUCCUGACAACAGACCCUGGUUAUGUUACAAAUGAAUCUUCCCAUCAUAACCAGCUUGUUGAGAGUCCUGUCUCAGUAUUUGAAGCCCAUUCUGAGGAACUGGUGCCUUCAACUCAUGACAUUCCCUAUGAGUUUGUUGCUGAAGAAUCUUCAGUAUUUAUGCUAUCACAGAAUUCUAUUCCACUUCAGAGAGUCAGAUAUUGUAGGCACUGCAAGGCAUAUGUAAAGGGGUUCGACCAUCAUUGUCCUUCUUUUGGAAACUGUAUAGGUCAAAAAAACCAUGUCCUCUUCAUAAUCCUCCUUUUUGGGUUUGUUUUUACUGAGGCUUCGUAUGUAGAAUGCUCAUCUCAAUGUAAGCUUGAAUAUAUUGGAUACUGA